AUCUAGCUACGUCCCUGCUUAGACCCGUUCGGCAGCUGCCUGGUCACAUGAUGGCUGCCAACGGCUGACAGCUGAUUGAAGUGAUCAGAUUUCGGCUGUAAAGUCUUGUGUGUCUCUCUCUCCGGCCGAACCGGACCAAAGUCUGUGUUAUUUGGGUGAAUUAAAAGUUCAAAGUUAGUGGUCCGGUAAGUUCGGCCCGCACCCUUUGUGAAUGUUGCGUUGUCGGUUUACGCUUUAAAAAUCAGCUUCCCCUCCACAUCCGAGCUAAAAGACAGUCAAACGGGCCGAAUGAACAGGUUGACCUACCAUGUGGACGAAUUACUCGACAUUUGAAGUUGCGCCAAAUACUUAUUUUGCCGUCGAGAAGCUCUGUUCGCCCUGAACGCUCGUAUUUCCACCUGACAGCGCAGCUUUUGCGCUGAAUACCGUCGACGGGGAUUUGGCGCCAGUUAACUUUACUAUCGGGCCGAAGCAAGUCAAGCGGCAAUGGAGGCGGACACGCUUGAGGACCAGCUUCUCCUCUAUGCCAAAGAGGGCAGUCGCUCUCACAUUCAGGGGCUCCUUCAGUCGAGGAUCGACCAAAGCAGCUCUCUCAACGUCAACUGCAGAUCUAGCUCUAAAGUCAGCCCAGGAUGGACGCCCCUCCAUCUGGCCUGUUACUUUGGACGCAGGGAUGUUGUGGAGGAGUUGCUCAAGGCAGGUGCCGAUGUGAAUUUGCAGGACACCAUGGGUGACACACCCCUGCAUAAAGCCGCCUACACUGGAAGAAAGGAGAUUGUCCUGUUGCUCCUGCGGUAUGAUGCCUGUGCCAACAUAAUCAAUGGAACAGCUCAAAUCCCUAAGGAUGUCACAGAGGAUGAUGAAAUCAUUACAAUGCUGGAAGCCGCAGAGAGGAGGGAGAAAAGGCGGCGGGAGGACAAGCUCCUGGACGCAGCUAGAGAGGGGGACAUCGCAAAUCUGUCAAAAUUGCUCAGUGGAAAGGAAGCUCCAAAUAUUCACUGCAGGGAUUCGGUGGGUAACACACCCUUACACUGUGCAGCCUACAGAGGGCAGAAGCAGUGCAUUUUAAAGCUGCUCAAGUCUGGAGCCUGCCCUAAUAUCAAGAACAACAACGACCAGACAGUAUUGGACCUGGUUCGUAGUGAUGAACUGAAACACACUCUAGCAGCCUAUCAAGACAAGGAUGUCAACAGUGGGGUGCAGAAGAUUGAUGGCCCUCUUUGGAAGAGUUCACGGUUUCUUGGAUGGCGAUCCCACUGGGUUGUAAUUGAGGAUGGAACUCUCUCCUGGUACCCCAGACAGGCUGACGCACUGGCAGGUGUCAGAAAACAGGGAUCUACGUUUCUAACACAAGCCUACUGCAUGGUCAAACCAUGGGACCAUUGCUUAUUCAUGGUCAGGUGCCUUGAUGACACUGUGCAUCAUUUUAAGGUCCCCUCAAAGACACAUUCAGUGGCAACAAGAAAAAAAUGGAUAGAUGCUAUUGAGGCACACUCGUCCUAUGGCGCUCGUCACUGCACCCAAGAACAGAUUAUCAAUGAUGAUGACGGCGAUGGUGGUGUGGCAGUGGGGAACCUGACACAGGCAGUUCAGACAGCCAGUACUUUCCAGCAGAAACUGGAGAGUGAAGUGUCAAUAUUUCUAUCCAUGGUGAAGAACGAAGAGAAUUUUGGAUUGGCUGCACCUCUUCUACUAAAAGCCAAAGAGACCAGUGAACUUUCUAGUGAAACUUGUGCGGCCCUCCAUCUCUGCCUUGAACUGCUGUCAAAACAAGAAGAGGUGUGGAGCCUGAAGUUAGAGCAAGAGGUGGAGAAGAAUAAAGCUCUGACAGAGGCUCUGCAGACUUUGGCAACUGAGAACCACGAACUCAAGCAGCCCCUGAGCAAGAGCAGGAGGUUGUCAACCCUCAGCACGCUCACCGAAGAUGACUUCUAUGAUGCUGAAUCAGAGUCAGAGUCGGACCUCUCUGUGAGCGGCUUCCUGUCUGUGGCCAGUCACUCCUGUGAAGAGGACGAGGGGAGAGACACCCCCCUUCUCAGCAGCCUCCACCAUCUCAGUGCGCUCAGGGGGCCCACCGGAAUGUCAGGGGACAGGAACCAUGGCAACCAAUCAGCCCAGUACAAUGGAGUCAAGAACCACAGAACAUCUCUACCAGCUCCCAUGUUCUCCAGGAAUGACGUCAGCAUCUGGAGUAUCCUGAAAAAAUGCAUUGGCAUGGAGCUUUCAAAGAUUGCCAUGCCUGUGAUAUUUAAUGAGCCACUGAGCUUCCUCCAGCGGCUAACAGAAUACAUGGAGCACACCUACCUCAUCCACCAGGCCAAUGCCACAACAGACUCUGUCGAGAGGAUGAAGUGUGUCGCAGCAUUUGCUGUGUCAGCUGUUGCAUCACAGUGGGAGAGGACAGGGAAGCCUUUCAACCCACUACUGGGAGAGACCUUUGAGCUCAUCAGAGACGACCUGGGCUUUAGAUGGGUGUCAGAACAAGUAAGCCAUCACCCUCCAGUCAGUGCCUUUCAUGCUGAGGGCCUCAAGGAGGAUUUUGUCUUCCAUGGUUCCAUCUACCCCAAACUCAAGUUUUGGGGAAAGAGCAUAGAAGCAGAGCCCAAGGGAAUCAUCACACUGGAGCUCCCCAAAUAUAAUGAAGCGUACACCUGGACAAACCCCACCUGUUGUGUCCACAACAUCAUUGUUGGUCAGCUUUGGAUUGAGCAGUACGGCAAUGUGGAAGUGAUCAAUCACAAGACUGGAGAGAGAUGCAGCAUGACUUUCAAGCACUGUGGCCUCUUUGGAAAAGAGCUCCAUAAAGUGGAAGGAUACAUCCUAGAUAAAAGCAAAAGGAAGGUCUGUGCAAUGUACGGCAAAUGGACAGAAUGCCUGUACACAGUAGACCCCACUACCUUUGAUGCCCACAAAAAGUCUGACAGAAAGAAUUCAGAUGAAAAAAAGGGCAGUAAACGGAGCAGUGUGGAUGAGGAGCCAGAAGAGAUGCCUCCACCUGACGCUGAGACAGUCCAGGUCAUCCCAGGCAGUGAGCUCAUCUGGAAGAUAACGCCUCGACCAGAGAACUCAGCCAAGUUCUAUGCAUUCUCCACGUUCGCCAUGCAGCUAAACGAGCUGGAGAAAAGCAUGGAGAGAGUCAUUCCUAACACAGACAGUCGUCUCAGACCUGACAUUCGCGCCAUGGAGAAUGGAGAUAUAGAUAUGGCAAGCGCAGAGAAGAAGAGACUUGAGGAGAAACAGAGGAUGGCCCGGAAAAAUCGCAACAAGUCAACAGAGGAAUGGAAAACAAGGUGGUUUCAGCAAGGACCCAACCCUCACAACAAAGCUCAGGACUGGCUUUACUUGAAAGGCUACUGGGACAGGAACUACACUCAGCUCCCUGACAUCUACUAACAAGUAGAAACACACACAGAUACCAUACACAUGGAUAUCGACUUAUACCACCUUUGGACUUUAUCUGCUGUACUUGUACGGUUUGCGCUGGGGCUCCUAGCAUAAGCUUCAGUGUCAUUGAAUAGGUAUAGAAGAGCAGGUAGGGAAUAGGGUUCAAUUUGAGAAAAUACAGUUAAAACGUCUUUUUAAAAGGCAGUAAAACACUGAAUGAACCCAGAGCCAUAUAUUCUUUAACAGAUCUGGGUGAACAAUAAAGCACAAAAACUCAUUUGCUCAUAUAUUGUAGUUCUCGACAACUUAAGUAUGGUGUAGGCAUAUACUGGAGAAAUAAACUAGAAUGUACUUUAGAAAUAUUUGAUGUUAGGAGUGUUUGAACAGCAACCUCCGUUUUACUCUGUGUAAGUUGUCCAUAGUUCCUCCUGGCUAUUAAACCAUUUUACUCAUCAGCAUCAUUGCAGUGACGUAGGAGGAAACACCACUACAGACAGCUACAGUGGAGAACAUGGUGUGUCCUGGGCACAUUGAGGUGAUGUUUUUGACUGACACUUAUUCUACUGGUGCAUACAUACUGUAAUGCAGUGCACGGUAUUAAAAUAGACCACUUUGGUGCAUUUGCUUUUGAUUUCACCCCCUAGUACAAUGAGUUUUCCGGAUAAUUAGUGUUUAACUGGAUGGAUUUUAAAUUUGCCUCAUUGUUUGCUGGCAAUGUCUUCUGCAAUCGAUUUGUAAAUCUUUGUCUAGCUGUUUAUCUGCAACAGAGAUUGCAAGUAAAAUGUUACCAUAUCCGACAAGGAUAAUGGCCAGUACUACAGCAGUAAGACUUUCACAAUAAAAUGUUUAAAAUGUUAUUAAGCCCUAAACUAUGUACUGUAUAAAUGUGUAUAGAGACUAACAGCGUUGCACAUAAGUCUACCUGAUUCUGUGGACACAGUAGCACUUUUUUCCACCUAUUAUUUUUUUUAACUACUAGAGCAGGGACACCAGCUCUGCUCUUAAGAGUUGUAUGUGCAUGUGUGUAAAGGUCUUGCCAUAGUUAAGUAUAAUUAAACUGUAUUCCUAGUGCUAUAUGCAUUGAUCUAAUUGAAAUCUAACUAACAAUAAAUGCAUGUGCAUCACUAUAACUAUGCAAACCUUACCGCCUUCACAAUCAGGCAUUGAAUAUUCAUUCUCUUAUGUUGUGGAUAGCUGAUAGAUGUUUUAGUGUUUCCUUUUACCAGUCCUUGGGUACCAAUCAAACAGAAUUUCCAUUGUUGCUAAAUAAAAGCCUAAUGUUAACUGAA